CAACUGUGCAAACUUGUCAAAUAAUUUAAGCCUUCGAUUAACAAGUAGUAGAAACAAUUGUUGUUCUCGCUCAAAACUUAUUCACCAAAGAAGAAGACCUACAGAGAUAGAGAGAGAAAGAAGAAGAAAAGAAAAAAGUAGUUACCACAACAGCUGCUGUGUAAUCGUGAACAAUCGGUACCCAAGUCAAAGCAACUGUUCAGCAAACAUAAUCACAGUGGAUAUACAGUGUUUUGUACAACAACUACAGAAAAAAAACUACCCCACGUGUGUACAGAUAAUCUACGAAGUCAACUGUUCUGUAACAACAGAAGAAAAAAAGUUAAUUGAACUCAUCAAUAACAAGUUAUCGUGUGUGUGUCAGUGUGUUUGUGUACUUGUCAAAUUGUGUCCAUCAGAUCCAAAGAUCCAUUUAACGCCCCACAAGGUCAUCUACACUAUUGAGAAGAUCAACAACUGUUCAACAAGAAAGACAAGACAAGAGGCUUGUCCAAGAAUACAGGACUUUUUCUGUUGUUGUUUUGUUGAACCGGUGAAUUAUCCAGCAGAGAUUGAAUCAUUUGUCUUAAUUCCUCCGACAGUUAACGCCACGCUGAUACAAUUUCAAGCGUAUUUAGUAAGGCAAAAGAAAAGAAAUUUGAUUUAGCAACUGACUCGAGUUGACCAACUGUUGUCAUCUAAACGGGAGAGAGAGAGAGAGAAAGAGAAAAAAGUAGUCCAAGAAGAAGAAGAAGAAAUUGCAUUUCCUUUUCCCUACUGUUUCUUGUCUUAACAAGCAAAAAUACCCAUUUGCCUGUGUAACACAGUGGAAAUACAACAAAAAAAACAAAGGUCAUAGAUUAUACUGGGCUAUAUUCAUAUUGUCUUGUAACAAUUGACAAAGAAGACAAUUGUUCUUCUACCUGAUCUCUACACUCUCUACAAUCUAACUGGCAUCUGACAAGGGAAACUAUAAUACAACACAGUCAACAGUUGUUCCUCAAUAUUCAUUCGAAAAGUCACGUGAAUUCAAUAUGAUUGGGGAAUAUGAACAAUUGCAUCAUACGUUCACACACAUUCAUAAUAAUAAUAAUAAUGGUAGUAAUGCAUCAAAUGAGACAUCUUCAGAAUCCUGUCAGCUAUUGAACUAUCCUACACAGUUGAUCAAUACGACGACAACAGCAGCAGGAGCGGCGACGGCAGCAGCAGCGACAACAAUAACGGCAACAACAAAACAUUUGACACAUUUCACCUUACCAACUAGUCAUCAAAUUCCGUCGAUAAAUGAUUCUACUUUCAGUGGAGAAAAUCACUCUGAAUAUAAUAAUAAUAAUAAUUACAAAGUACUGUCUUCACCAUAUUGUAACUUGUCGAAUCAGUAUGCCUCAGAUUUGGAGUAUGCAGGAGGUCAACAACAGUAUCCUCUUGUCACACUGAACAAUAAUAACAGUAUUAAUAAUUCCUUUCGAUGCGGCAAUUCAUUUAUUCCUUUAAUCAAUUCCUCGCAUUACUUGUCUUCAUCAAUAACAUCACCAUCGCCAUCAUCAUCAUCAGCAUCACUGACCAAAACACCAGUGACUACUGCAUCACCACCAAUGACAGGCGCAGAAACACAUCAAUUCCUUACAAAUGAUGUUGAUCAGAUCAGUCUUCCUAUAAGUUCACAAUUCAUUCAGACAUCUGAUGACUUCAAUACUUUAUUACCAAAUGAUUCUGAAUUGUUGAAAUCAUCUGUAUUACGUCAUUUAGACCAGUAUUCACAUUUUGUUAAUCAAUCCCCGUUUCAAACACUUGUACAUCAUUUAGUUGCAAAUAAUAAUAAUAACAAUAAUACUAGUAAGGAUAAUUCUUCGUCGAUUAUAGAUAUUCCAGCUGAUUUUCACAAUAAUAAUAAUAAUAGUAAUCACGAUUUUUCAAAUUCUACCUAUCAUGAUCAAUGUGUUGUAGAGAGAGAAUUUGAGAAAGUCAGCACCGCGAAUAAUGAUAGCUAUCUACACCAUCAUAAACAUCAACUACAACGACAACAGUCUGUACCUUCCAUGGAGUAUAAUGCAUAUUUAAGAAAUCCUCAAGAGGUUACAGCAUAUGAUGCUUUGAAGUCUGCCUAUCUGCCUGAAGACUAUAUUCCAGUUGAUCGAAUCAGUUAUAGGAGUGAUAAUAACAAGACAAUGUCACUUAUUCCACAAACACCACCAGUAACAGCGACAACUGCUGAAUUCAUGGUUUCAGCUAACUGGACACCAGAAAAGGCUAAUGUCUACUCGAAUGAAACACUGUCUCCCACCCAACAACAACAACACCAUCAGCAAAAUCACCAUCAACCCGAUAAGUACUUAACCUCAGUAGGUCAUUUCACUUCUACACCAUUAUCUGAGGCUAACUUCUGUCAUCGUGAUAUGAAUUACAAUACAACACCUUAUCGUUUGUUGAAUUCAGAAGUCAAGCAUAAUCUAUCGUGUAUCCCUAAACCUUAUGAUAAUAAUAAUGACCUUGUCUAUUGUUUGCCGAUUUCUACGGUGACAUCAGCAAAUACCACUACUGCUGCCUGUGGUGGUGUCGGCGGCGGAGGAGGUGGUGAAAAUUCGCUUAACCUUUAUAAUUACACACAAGUUAGUUUCGACGGGCCGUCUUCAACCUCAUCAGCUGCAUCUAGAUCAUCUGGUUCCUUGGGAAAUGUUUCUUCAAAUCAAUCGGAGAGUAAUAAUUCUGGAAAGGCUAUUUCUCACCGUAUUUUAGAUGAAUUUCAAGCUCAUGCCAGUAGUACUGGUCAUAAUAAUCACUUCAAUUCAAAUCAAAAGUCUGAUAUCAUUAUGAACACUCCGACAUCAUAUAUGGCUAAUAGUAAUAAUAAUAAUAAUAAUGGUUUCCCUAAAGCAUCACCUUCCCUGCAUAACACGCCUAAUAUGUCCACAGAAAAGUCUGAUAAAUAUACAAAUCCCAACUCGAAUAAGUCGUCUACAGAAGCAGAGAAUGCGACAGGCGAUAAAAUCCCUGAACAAGAUAGACAAAAACCAACAGUACCGAUGUCAACCAGUCUGAAUACAAAUGUGUCAUUAAAACGUACAAAAUCAAUGAUGCAAUCAGACUCAACAACAUCAAAACUUUUACGACCUAGUGCACUACAUCAACCACCAUUGUCACCAAACUCUGCAUCCUCAUCACUAUUACGUAAACGUGGUCGUCAUUCACGUGUAAAGCAACCAAUGAUGAAUUUAGAAAAGCGUCAUCUAACGGAUGGAAAUCUCGGUGGUUUGCAAACCGCCCAGUCAUCAAUGAAGACAAUACCGAUGAAGGUGAAUUCAUGUGAUGAAUCGGACAGUACAAGUGACGACUCGGAUUCAGACGAUGAAACUGAAGAAACUAAGGAAGAGCAUGUUAUUGCACCAGGUUCACAUGGCCAAUGUUUAUUAUGGGCGUGUAAAGCAUGCAAAAAGAAGACAAUGCAAGUGGAUCGUAGAAAAGCGGCUACAAUGCGUGAAAGACGUCGUCUGCGUAAAGUGAAUGAAGCCUUUGAAACGCUGAAACGUAGAACCUGCGCUAAUCCAAAUCAACGUAUGCCAAAAGUAGAAAUAUUAAGAAAUGCAAUAGAUUAUAUUGAAAAUUUAGAAGAUAUGCUACAACAAAAUGGUGUUAUCCCGAUGGGUAUGACACCGUUAACAACAGCGCUGAAUGCAAUCACUGCUACUACACAGAAUGAUACUAACACAAAUGUAUGCAACUCGUCGAUAACUACUUCAGGAAACAAUGCAAAUGUUUACUACUCAAAUGCAUCUACAAAAUCUAAAUCUACAAUCAGCAAUAAAUAUGUAAAAGAGGGAGGCAGUGAUCUACCCGCCUCAAUGACAAAUCAAUCACAUGCAUCUAAUACUUGUGGUCUGUCUUACUCGUGUUCUCAAGAUAAUAAUUCUAAAUUGUCAAAUUUAAGGUGUGAUUUCAAUUUAGAAAGUGGUAAUAAACAUGAUUCUACUGACUCGCUGACAGAUAUAUCGCUUGGCAGUUUACCAACAGAAUGUAGACCUGAUGAACAAUUGAAUUCAAUGAAUAGUUCUACAUGUUCACUAAUACCAACAUCCAAGGAUUCCACCAAAUUAAUCGAUUACAAUAGCUACUCACAUAUGUCUACAUGGAAUAUGUGUACACCAUAUGAAGUGUUGGGUGGGCUAAAAACCGGUGAUCCAUCUCAGUCGAUCGCUGAAAACCGAACUUCUUCCUUACGUUGCACCGAAAGUGUUGUAAUCCCACUGGCUGGACACUGAUGCGUUCUUCAUGAUUGGUUGCCAGAGUAACAGAACUACAUUUAAACAAAAUUUCGGCGCGAAAAUUUGAAGCGUGCUUUACAAAUUAAGAAAAUGAUGAUUAUUCACUUUCAUAUCUGGGAAUAACUGCACAUAUUAUCUGAACCUUGUUUUUACUGUCAAUGAAAAUAUUUUAUUUAAUAUCUGCCUUCCUCUUUUGUACAGAAUUUCAUUCCGGAUGAACAUUUUUCAAACGAAUAACGAUAACACAAUUUUAUAUUAUUCAUAAAAU